GCACUGUACUGAAAUGUUUAUAGAUGUGAGAAGAUUAUCUGGAUGUAUAGGAAAAUUUGAUUAGAUUUCCAAUGUUUUUACCAGUUUAUUGGUUAUUUACAAUCUUGACGACUUCACCAUAAUAAUAAUAAUCAUUAUAACCGAAAAAAGCGAACCACGUGCAUAUGAAAUCUGGUUGGCUCUCAGGUUUAUAAUAUGAAGAAAAGAUGUGCUAACAGAUUUUAAUCAGAUAUUCAGACGUAAACCGACGAAAUAAUGUGGCUGCCAAACCUAGGACCACCUCCACCUUAUGAACAGGGUCUUACAAUGGCCUCAGAGAGAAAGAAGAGGUCCAACAAAUAUCUGGACUUGGAAUACUUAAACAGACCUAGCUGGGUAAAUGCCAAAGUUGCUUACAAACAAGUGAGAAAGGGCAAAGCUGACGGCAAUAGAUAUGCCCUAUGGGUCAGAAAAAAUAUCCAGAGAUAUUUAUACAGUAUUGGAUGUUUUAUACAAUUACAUUGUGGAAAGGUUUUAUUCGUCGGAUUACUUUUAUUAUCAUUGUGUUGUGUUGGUUUAAAAUCAGUACAGAUCGAAACGGAUGUGCAAAAACUAUGGGUAGAAGAGGGUGGUCGUUUAGAAAAGGAACUUACCUAUACCAAAGAAGCGAUUGGCGCUGGCAGCGAUAUAACCAAUCAAGUUGUGAUACAGACACCAAAGGUUGGGAACAAUGUAUUGACACAGGAAUCAUUUAAACAACAUAGAGAUGCCCUUGUUAAAGCAUCGGAAAUCACCGUCACCAUGUUUGAUCUCCAAUGGAAAUUCCGAGACCUUUGCUACCUGGCACAGUUUCCCAUGUUCGAAGAUAGCUUAAUUGACAAUACAUUGGAACAAAUUCUGCCUUGUGUUGUGAUGUCACCACUUGACUGUUUUUGGGAAGGUGCACAAGUUCUUGGACCACAAAACUUCCAUUUAAGUGGUUUUGUGCAACUGAGAUGGAUCAACCUGAACCCGCUUGAGCUGGUACAGAAAAUGAAAGAGGAUUUUCCUGACGGCGAUAUGAUGGAGGAAGUCUUAUUGAAGUCAGGGAUAUCUUCUGGGUACCAAGAAAAACCAUGCAUCGAUCCUACUGAUCCUGAUUGUCCCGAUACAGCCCCAAACAAAGUGUCGCAGCAGGAGCCAGACUUCGGGGCAGAACUAACAGGUGGUUGCUAUGGUUUCGCAACCAAGUACAUGCACUGGGAUGAGGACCUAAUAGUGGGCGGGGUAAGGAAGAACCAGUCAGGUCACAUUGUAAGAGCUGAGGCCCUCCAGUCUGUCUUCUUGUUGAUGGGAGAAAGCCAGAUGUACGAAUACUGGAAGAAGGACUACAAGACCACUGGUAUUGACUGGACACAGGAAAGAGCAAGAAUGGUUCUAGAGGCCUGGCAUAGAAAAUUUACAGAUACAAUGAACGGUUUUAACAAUGACACAAUGACGGACAAUAUGUACGGAUUCUCAAUGACAUCACUGAUGGACAUAAUGAAGGAGUUUUCCAGCAUCAGUAUUCCACGUGUUGCCAUUGGUUACAUCCUUAUGUUGUUUUAUGCUUGUGUAACACUACUACGCUGGAACAAUGUGAUACAGUCCCAAAGUGGUAUUGGUAUCGCUGGUGUUCUCCUAGUGGCUUUAGCCGUAGCUGCAGGACUCGGGAUUUGUUCGAUCCUUGGCAUUGCUUUCAACGCUUCAACCACACAGAUAAUACCAUUCUUAGCACUCGGACUUGGCGUCAACGAUAUGUUCCUUAUAACACAUACAUAUGCCGAGAAUGCCAAUAACGACAAUAUUCCAUUUAAGGAACAGACAGCAGAGUGCCUUAAAAGGACAGGAACGACAGUAUUGCUUACGUCAGUCAGUAACAUGCUGGCUUUCUUCAGUGCUGUUAUCAUUCCUAUCCCGGCUCUUCGGGUCUUCUGCAUACAGGCUGGUAUCCUGAUACUGUUCAACUUGGUGGCAGUGCUAUUGAUUUAUCCUGCCAUCUGUAGCCUUGACCUUAAACGAAAGAAGAACAAGAGAGUUGAUGUUUUCUGUUGCUUUGAAAGUUAUGGUGAUAAUAAUACAGUAAUAGAACUGCAGCCACACAUAAACGUACACGAUCCUGUGGAUCGCGAGUUGUCUCCGCCUCCUGGUUACAGCCCACCAUCAUAUCAUCCACCACCGUACAGUGACCUUCUGGCGCGUGAUAUGAUUGCCCAGUCAUCCACCGAUGGUGGACACGCGCAAACAGUUCUAGCUCCACAUGAAGGGCAGUUCGUGACAAGAUGCGGAUCUCCUAUACCAUUUUCAACUUAUGACACAGCAAACAACAAUUCACGGCAGUGUUUAACAGACGGCGAUACCGUGACGUGUAAAGAACGUUUUGCAAAAUUGCAGAAAGCAUGUCUCACCACAUCACUGACUGCUUUAGCGGUGAAUAAAUACGCACCAUUUCUACAAAAGACUCCAGUUAAAGUGUUCACUAGUAUUUUCUUUAUUGUUAUAUUGAUCAUUGGAAUCUGGGGUACCGCCCAGGUGAAAGACGGUCUGGAUUUGACCGAUGUUGUGCCGCGGGACACAUAUGAAUAUAGUUUCUUAGAAAACCAAUCAAAAUAUUUUGGAUUUUAUAGUAUAUAUCUUGUGACUAAAGACGCUGAUUAUCCGAAUAACCAAAGACUAUUGAGGGAGUACCAUCGCUCAUUUCAAAAUGUCGAUAAGAUAUUGAAGGAGAAAGAUGGCUCUCUGCCAACUUUCUGGCUCGACACCUUCAGGGACUGGCUUGUUGGUUUACAAGCUGCGUUUGACAGAGACUAUGCAAAUGGCACAUUUCAUAAAAACGGGUGGUACUUAAAUGCAUCAGACGAUGCUGUUUUAGCUUAUAAACUUCUUGCCCAGACGGGCAAUCCAGAUAACUCUGUAGAUGAAACACAAAUAACGAAAACCCGUCUGGUCAAUGCAGAGGGCAUUAUUUAUCCGCCCGCGUUCUAUAAUUACCUCACAGUUUGGAUAUCAAAUGAUGGGCUGGCGUAUUCAUACUCAAUGGGAGAGAUUCGACCGGAAACGCAGUCUUGGCCACAUGAUCCAUACGAUAUGGAUAUGAAAAUUCCAAAGGCAAAGAACAUCAUCUACGCACAAGUGCCAUUUUAUUUAUCGAGACUGUCGGACACGGAGGAGAUCCUCGAUAUAGUUCUUCAGAUUCGAUCAAUCUGUGACGACUUUACGUCACGUGGACUCCCUAAUUACCCUAGCGGUAUCCCAUUUACAUUCUGGGAGCAGUAUAUAAAGUUACGAUUCUACCUCAUGUUGGCACUUUUGUGUAUUCUGGUGGUGACAUUCACCGUUUUGUCGGUUGUACUCGUCAACCCUUGGUUGGCUGCAAUCAUUGUUGUAAUUGUUUCGCUGAUACUGGUGGAACUGUUCGGAUUUAUGGGUAUUUUAGGUCUCAAACUCAGCGCUAUACCAGCGGUCAUACUGAUCGUCAGUGUGGGGAUUGGUGUCGAAUUCACAGUCCAUGUCUCUGUGGGGUUUCUGUCAUCCAUCGGAACCAGAAAUGACCGAAUGUUAAUGGCCCUGGAGCACACAUUUGCUCCGGUGGUUCAUGGAGCAAUAUCAACGUUCCUUGGGAUAAUAAUGCUGGCUGGUGCCGAGUUUGAUUUUAUUGUCAGGUAUUUUUUCCUGGUGUUGACAGGGUUAGUGCUGAUUGGGCUGUUAAACGGACUGGUUCUACUGCCAGUUAUAUUGUCUGUGUUUGGACCACCUUCAGAGGUUCGGCCUAAAGAAAACGAUGAAAGAAUUCCUACACCAUCUCCGGAGUCUUCUCCUCGAGCCAGAAUCAGAAAUUUACCUGUACGGGCUACAAGGCAAAGCAGGAAGAUGAAAUAUCCGAGGAGAAUUCCAUCAGAUAUAUCGUUAACGACAAUUUCCGAGGAACCAUCACAGUAUUCUUCGACAGAAAUUGUCGUUCAACCGGAGGUGGUGGUAGAGACGUCACUUCAGCAACCAAAAGAUGGUAACAGUCAGCAGCAGACACUACCAAAUGCUGCAGACGACAGUAGUAGCACUAAAAGUAGUAGUAAAAAUAAUUCUCCACCAGGGUCGAUUGUGUCGGCACCGGCUACACAUGUAACACGGGUAAAAGCAACAGCGACUGUGAAGGUUGAAGUUCACACACCUUUACCAGGUACAGUUCCAGAGUUACAGGAUUAUAAACGACGGAGGCGGAAGGACAACACAGAUAGCAGUAACUCAGACUCUGAUUCCAGUUCCUAACAUUUGAUGGUCUGGGGCUACUUGGUGCUAUAUAGCAUGCCUGCAAUAUUAUUUGUACAGAAAGCAUUAUAAUUUAUAUGUGAAUAUUGCUGUCACCUAUCAGUAUUUAUAUGUGAUUUCAUAUGAGAGCAUGGACUCUUCAAAACUCAUUUCAAGACUGUGAAGGGAUAUUGUCAUUCUUUGAUCGCGAAAUUUACAUGAAUCUUUGGAGCAGACGACAUUUGGAUUUUUGCAGCAGACGACAUGUAUCUCUGCAGAAGACUUGCGUGUCUUUAGGCCAGCUUCGGUGCAGAAAACCUGUGAACAUAAUAUAUUAAGCGGAACACAUCGAAAGUUUUUUUUUAGCAAUUAUGUACAUAAGGAAGGAAAUUGGAACUUGAAUCUACAUGAAAUACUUCCUUAUUACACACAUCAAGUGUGUUUUCCAUUUGUCAAAAAUUGUUAACACAUAUGGCCUUUAUGUAAAACACACAUUGUGUUAUGUGCCUUAUUAGAUCUUUAAUUCAAAUGUGCCAAUAAACCAAAAGUGUGAAUAUUUAACUGAAUAUUUUUUCCUGUUUUACAUGUACAUGAUGUGUGAUAUUAACAACUGUUUCAAGUGUGGUAAAAAGUGUUAACAACGAACAUAAAAUGUGCUUCCAAGGAAUAAAUUAAGAUGGAUGAAUCGGGGGAAAAGAUUGGCUAUGUCCCUAUGCAGACUGUAUCAUUGUGAUAUUUUUUUUUAUUUACUUCCGUGUGGAUGUCAAAAUGAAUCAGUUUUAACUGAGCUAUUGAUUUUGAUUGGUCAGUGCGGAGGCAGCUAUCAUACUGAAAUUAACACAAAUCAGGGCUAUUAGGGUAUUAGACCCCGUUUACACUAAACUGAAUAUAUACAUUCGUUUUUAUGUAAGCAGGCUCCGAUAUGAAAAUUAACCAUGGUUAUGGAAGGAGUUUUUGUGUACUUUGUAAGAGAGAUUUUACACAUGCAUAGAUGUGUAGCAGUACCUCAGUGUAAGAAGGCUGAUAUGAACUGUAUCAGAUUUAUUCAUCACGUGUAAUUUAUUGUAGACUAUUAGACAAUAUAGGAACUAAACCAGUCUAAACUUACAGUUUAUCUACUGAAGUGAGCUUUAGAGUUGUGAAGUCAGUAUUGUUAGGAUUACUACCCCAAAAAUCAUUACCGGGUAUGCAAAAAUCACUGGUCAGUUCAGAUAUAAAUUUUGAGAGGCAGAAGACUUUAAAAAAAUGCAUAUUUAACCCCUUCUUAAUAUAGUGGGUUAAUAGUAAAUUAAACCUUUUGCCUGCACAUUGUUUGAGCCAUGUGGCAUCAGUAAUAAUACUUUCAGGUAAUAUUAUUUUCAUAUUAUAUCAAGGGUGAUGUUAUUUUCAUACUAUAUUAUCGGUAAUAUUAUUUUCAGAUAAUAUCAUUGGUGAUAUUAUUUUCAUUUGAUAUCUUUGAUGAUAUUAUUUUCAUACAAUAUCGUCGGUGAUAUUAUUUUCAGAUAAUAUCAUCGUUUAUAUUAUUUUCAUUUAAUAUCUUUGAUGAUAUUAUUUUCAGGUAAUAUCAUUAGUAAUAUUAUGAAAGUUAUAAUUUACUGAUAAUCUUUUUGAAAAGUCAUACACCCUUACUUAUGAUUUCUUUUAAAGUGACCAGUAAAUGUUUCCACAUAAUUAAAUUAUUUAAUAUUUUUAAUAUAGAUUAACUUCGACUUGCAAUGAUGUUGCUUUUUUUCUGUGACCACUUUUGUAUAAUCAGGGUCACGUGAAUCUAUGUACGGGUAAUUAAAUAUGUAAUUAUGCAUCUGUAUAUUGACAUUUUUCAUGACAUAAAUUGUGUAUAUGAUGUAACUUUAAUUGUACAUGUAUUUAAUGCCAAAAUAAUUCAGGUUAAAACUAUUUUUGUCAUCUCGUUUUAAUAAAACAGUUUGAGCAGGAGCGCAAUGAGCCUUGUUGGAAGUUAAAUGAAUAUUUUCCAUUGUUGGAAAUUUUACGAACUGAUAUUUUUAUGUAUUCAGUUUACUAGCUCAUCAUGGAAUUUAUGCAGAACUUUUAUUCGUCUUAUAACCAAAUGUCAAAACCAAUGCGGUAUGUGUCAGCUUAGACCUGAUAUGCAGUUUAAACUGUACUGAUUUUUAAUACCUUUGUUUUGAAUUCAUUUAAAAAAGUUUAUAAAUCAGUUUGAAAUGAUUUGAAAAUCCAUUGUUAUGUCUUUAAUGUAUUGUGUCAGUGAAUAACAUUGUGAAGCAGGUGCUAACAAAUUAGUGUUAGCUUCGGUUUGUACAAAAAAAAAGUUUUGUUCAAGUUGGAGUCUCAACAAAUGCAAUUUUUCUUGUAAAUUAAAUAGGUAGGGACUAUUUUGUUUCAAACUACACAUUUUUUCCCCCUAAACCUCAUCUAUGCAACAAUUUUAUGAUAAUAGGUGCUCAUUACUAUCUUCCAAUAUUUCGUCUUCCAUUCUUAUAUUUCGAUUUUGCACCAAAGUGCAUUUAUUAAAGCGAUAAUUAUAUAAAUUUCCCUUAUAGUCAAAAGUAGUUGAUUCUACAAUGUUGUAUGGAAAAGUACAUUAAUGUAGUUUUAGGGAUGGCAGCAUUGUGGAAAGAAAAACACUUGUGGUAUAAUGCUAGUUUACUCAAAUGAUACAGUAAAUGGCAUAGUUAUAUUUUGUAUUUGUCAGUAUUUUGUGUCAAGGAUGUAUAUAGUUGUUAUGACGCUAUUUCGACAAAUUAUAUAUAAAGCAAUAUUUGUAAAUAUAAUUUUCAUGCAUUGAAAAUUAUCAUUUUUCCAAAAUUAUCAUUGCUUUGUGUUUAAAUUUCCAUACCUCGAUACAUAAUUGUUAUUAAUUAUCUUUGUAAUUAAAGACCUGUAAAGGGUGACAGUUCAGUUCGGAAGAAUUAAAAUUAAUUUCUCAGAGAUAUAUUUUUCACACCUUGUAUUAAAACAUGAUUUGUCUAUAUUCAGGUAAAAUGCUUGGAAUAUGAUUACUAUGAAAGGCUAAGGGUAAUGGCUUUUAUUUAGAAUGAAUAAAAGCUAAACUUUUUUAACCGUACCAGUGAGGAUGCAGUGCCUUAAAGUACUUUGAUUUUGCUCAAAGAGUUUUUGCAUACAGUAAUAUGUAAUGCCAAGUAAACAUGGUCUUUUGUUUUAAAACUGAAACCAGUCUAAAAACCCUUGCCUCUGAUUGGUUGCUUCUUAGCACAGUUGUGAAACUGACCAAUAACAGCGUUGCUUUCUGAAACUGGUUCCAAAAUUCUAGUUUUGAAAUCUGGAGUGUCAUCUCAUGGCUACCAUUUUUGUUGCUUGUAAAUGACUCUAUCAUAAAUAGGAUGAAAACAUGUUUUAGAUUUUAUAAACAGGGAAAAUGGAAAUUUAAAUGCAGGGUGAUAUCUACUUAAACAGGGUGUUAGAUUUUGCCAAAGAUUCUAUGUAAAUUAUGCAAAAUGAUUAUCUCAGGUAAAAUUUUCACUUUUCUUUUUUUUUGUAAAUUUCGAAUUUUCUAUGCCGUUUAAUAUCAUUGAAGAAAAAAAUCAUUUAGAAUACAUUCAUUACCUCAGGUGCUGUAAAGUCAUUGUAAAUUUGUUGGUAAUUGAUUUCGCAGCAAUACAAAUGGUUCAGUGUAAAUGAAGCCAGUUCAUGAAAGUACAGCACAUGGUCAAAUUCUACCUUUAAAGUUAAUACAGAAUAUAGAAGCACUUGAACAGCUGUAUUUACAUCAUUUUCAUGAGUUUUUUGCUAACAUAUAUUUGUCAAAUUCAGUAAAUUAUACCAAUAAAUUUAUAAUGGUUUUAAAGUAUACAUGUGUUGAAGGCUGGUCUUUUUAUAUAUAAUGGACACUUUUGUAAGUCUAAAAAAGCUAAUCUUUUAAAAAAAUCACCAUUUGCCAUAAAAUGUCUUUAGACUAAUUGAAAGUUUACGGUUUUAGAUAAGAAUAUUUACAAGUAACAAGUAUUUUUUAUUUACAGGUAAAAAUUUCAGAUAUUUUGAGAUUUUUCAGAAUUUGAGUACAAUUUUAUAUUACAGUAUAUUUAUUUAAACAUGGUAUUGAAUAGGAAGUUUCUUAGAAACAUGAACUUCCUUACAAUUUAGCUAUACAAUGUUACCUCAGUUGGUAGAUGGUCUUUGUAAGUAACAAGUUUUUUGAUUGGUUGUUGAAAAGUAACCCAGUUUUUGAUUGGUUGAUCAGAACAGUUUGUCUUAAAGGAUAUUACAACUUCUUGCAUUAUUUAAUUGAAAUAUAUUUGAAAAGUUUGAUUUCUGAGCAAAUUGGUUUAUUAUACUGAUAUUAGCCAAUCAAAUGCCUUGUUAUAUUUGUGUUAUUGAAGUGAAAAUAAGAAUGAUUUUUAUUGGUUGAUACAUUGAGUCAUUCUUCAAAAUACAGACCGAGCCGUAAAGUAUAGGUGAAGUUUUAUCGAGAUCUUUGCAAAAGUCAUACCGUUAGUUCAGUUUUACAUGCUGAGAAUCAAGCUAGAAAAUAUGUUAACAAACUUUGAUGAACACUUACUACAAUAUGUUAGGUAAAUAAAUGUUUAAUUACUGUUAUCUUUACCAUCUUAAAAUAUGUAUACAGAUCUAUAAAUUUUUCUCUAUUCUCUGUCAUUUGUAGAGGGCUGAUUAUUCAAAUGGAAAUUCUGUGUCUAUAUUUUGAAGAUUGACCUCUAUGUGCCCAUUUUUGCCUGUGAUUUUCCUGUUGUGUAUUUAAUACUCACAUUUUGUAUUGUACAGUAUGCAGUCCUUGUCACAUAAUGUGACUACAGGACAUGCCCACACAUGGGCAUUAAUAUUUCAAAACUAUAAAAAUAUGAAAAUUAAAAAAGUCUAAAAAAUA